GGGUAGUUUCCGCUUUUGACGUGACGCGCCAUGAUUCUUCCGGCGGGGCCUGCAGAUGCCGGGGAGGUUCUUCCGAUGCGAAUGGCCUCCGGGCAGCGGCAGUUGCAGGACCUGAAGCGCCAAGCGGAGCUGCAGACGAAAGUGCUCAACGAGGCGGAGCGCGCCGAGAUGCAAAGGCGCCGCGCGGAGGCGGCGGAGCGCCUGGAUCUGCUCAGGGCGCCGAAGCCGGAGAGCGAGCUGCAGAGGAGGCUUGCGCAGCGCAAAGCCGCCUUGGAAGAAGCGGCGCAGCCAGCACCUGAGGUGCCAGCGCCGAGAGAGCCCGAGCAGCUUGCACAGCAGACUCCAGCCACACAGGCCACAGAGCCGGUGACGUCUGAGCCAAAGCAGCCAUCGCCAUCGGAGCCAGCGAUCGAAGGGAUGCGGGAUCAUGUCAAUGCCGAGAAUGAUCCCAACGCAUGCUGCAUUGUACAGUGAUGGGCACACUUGGCUCCAGCCGAAGCAAUGCUGGAUUCACAAAGACUGUGG